AUAAAUCUCCCCAAUUGUUUUUUAUUCCCUAUUUGUUCAUUUAAACCGAAUAUUUCAGUAUAGCAAUACUAUAGCUGAAGUUAUAAGCAGACACAGCCCUCGGUCAGUCUCGAUGCUCCAUUUUGGGGGGAUCCUCCCCCUUACUCGUAUAAAGGAUGCAAUCUCCAUCAGGCCAAUACAUAAUGGGGGUUAUGUUUUCCUCAGUGUUGCACUCUUCUAAAUGUGCAAUAAUGUGACCAUGGUAGAUAAGGUAAAAUGUCAAGUGAAGGAGGUAACGCAGAAGAGGACACCACUGGGACUGAGCUAGAGAAAAUCGCAAAUCUUGUACUGGACAGCAAUGAGGCGUCUGUGGCAGAAGACAGUCCUGAAAAUGGAGAACUACCAAAAAUCCCAGGGACUGAACCUGAACAGAACCCUGAAGUGCAAGCAUUUCCAGAGGAGCCUUCCCAACCAAACCCUGAGGAGUGCUGCGACACUGUGAACUUAGAAGCAGCGCCUGACUCCACAGCUGAUCAGGAAGAGCAGAAACAUCUAGACCCAGAGACUUCAGCUAAGGGAAGCACUUGGAGUAGCUGGGGCACAUGGGGCAAAUCUCUUCUGUCAACAGCCAGUGCUACCGUAGGACAUGGGAUAUCUGCGGUGAAGGAAAAAGCAGGAGUCACUUUAAGAAUCCGAUCGUCAGAGUCUGAGUCGAGUAGCGAGAUAGGAGCACCUGAAGCUACAGAUACAGAAGAAGUAGCAGAAGAAAAAGCAGACAGCCCAGCAGAACCCACUUCACCUACCGCAGGUCGCGGUGUCUUUUCAGCUUUAACUAAUGCUGUACAGAACACAGGUAAAUCUGUAUUGAGUGGUGGCCUUGAUGCCUUGGAAUUUAUUGGAAAAAAGACAAUGAAUGUCCUGGCCGAAAGUGACCCAGGAUUUAAGAAAACUAAGACUCUUAUGGAGAAGACAGCAUCUUUAUCUCAGAUGUUAAGGGAAGCCAAAGAAAAAGAGAAGCGGAGGCUAGCAGAGCAAGUGUCAGAUGAGAGGACAGCACACUAUGGCAUGUUAUUUGAUGAGUACCAGGGACUGUCCCAUCUGGAAGCUUUGGAAAUUCUCUCCAAUGAAAGUGAGACCAAGGUCCAAGCUUAUUUAUCAUCCCUGGGAGAUGAAACAUUGGAAACCUUAAAAGCAGAUCUUAUUGCGAUCAAGGAUAUUUUUCUACUGAAGGAUUUUGACAGCGAACAAGAAAGCGACACUAAAGGAGAAGAGACUGAAGAGUUCACACAUAUGCUUACUGAACUACUAUUUGAGCUGCAUGUUGCCGCUACCCCUGACAAGCUCAGUAAGGCUAUGAAGAAGGCUCAUGACUGGUUGUCAGCUGAGAACCUAUACUCAGAAGAACAGCAAGAAAAACUAACCAUAAAUGUUCAGGAGGUGACAGAAGUCACAAAAGACAAUCCAGUGGAGGCCAGUGAAGAAGAAGGCAAAGCUGAGACUAAUAAAAAGCUCAGCUCUGAAGAUAUAUACAUGAAAUCUGUUGAAAGUCUGGCAGAAAUUACAGCCCGAUGCAUUGAGCAACUACAUAAGGUGGCAGAGCUGAUACUUCAUGGACAAGAUGUGGAAAAACCAGUCAAAGACCAAGCUACUGUCCUAGCCAAGCUAACCAGUGCUAUGUGUAAGGAAGUAUGUUCCCUGUCAAAAAGCUUUUCUGGUUCUCUAACCUCCGCUGGGAGCAAGCUGAAGGCAGAAGUAUUAAACCCAAUGGUCAACAGUAUACUACUAGAGGGGAAUAACAGCACAACCUACAUCCAGGAUGCUUUCCGGCUCCUUCUCCCUAUACUUCAUUUCUCCCAUAUUCAGGCUACCUCUUCUAAAGCAUAACAGCUUUACAUGGCACACCUAGAUUAUAGUAUGGAUAUGAAGCCCUCUCAAUGCUGAGUUAGUGGACAUUUCUGAACACAGCAAAAGACCAUCUAAAGCGCCAGUAAAAAAUGUUUAGCCCUACCCACUUGAAGACCAGAAGAGCCCUUUCAGAAGAACUGAAGCCAAGUAGAAGGGGUUUACUUUUCUUGCUCCCUGACGGGCAUUUAUUUCUUCCUUAUGGAAGAUUAACAGUUCUUCCCAUUCACAGCAUAUUGGGUUAACUAACUGGCUGCUGGGACCCUUACUGAUCAAGAGAACAGAGGUCAAUGGGCUCCAUUUAGGACCCUUUACCUCCAUUCUUGUAGUGGUCAGACGGUCACAUACCAGCUAGUUAUACCGUAUCCUAUAAAUAUUAAUAUUGUUAUAACACCUUUUUAAGCUUUCAAGCAUUAUUGAAUAUAAGUGCAUUUGUGGAGUUGGUAGGGAAAACUUCCAACUUCACUAUUUUUCACACUUCAACUAGGACUCUUCAUAAAUGGCUCCUGUAUAGUAAUUAGUGAUUAGUGAACAAGGUCACAUCACAUAUACCUUUUAAUAAACUAAUUAUACAAUAUUAAUAUAUAAUAUUUAAUAUUUUUAUUUUGAAAAUGGAGUUGGAAACGUUUCCCAAAAUUGACUACAACUAUGACUCUGACUCCGAAGCCCUGCUGUCAGGUUUCCUUUAUCCAGCCAGUUUAAAGGGGUACUCCAAAGGAUAGGGGAUAAGAUGUCUGAUCGCGGGGGUCCCCAGCCGCAGCGGUGACAUCCCGAACACAGAAGCUUGGAACUUCCAUGUUCGUGAUGUCAUGCCACGCCCCCUCCAUUUAUGUCUAUGGGAGGGGCGUGACGACUACUACGUAGCCGUCACGUCUCCUCCCAUAGACAAGAAUGGAGGGGGGAUGGCUUUGUUCGUCAGUCAUCCAGCACGGAGCGGAGUUUGCUCCUUGCACAGAUGACUAGGGUGCCACACCAGAGAUCACGGGUGUCCCCAGCAGUGGGACCCUCGCGAUCAAACAUCUUAAGAUUUUUUUCGAUGGAGUACCCCUUUUAAGCGAACAAACUGACAAAAUAUGCUGUGUGUCUGUAAGGAAAAGGCGCUAUGUCUGGUACAUGCACAUUUGCACAAUGUAUUAAAAAAAACAAAUCAAAAGUUAUAGAAUAGGUUCUUUAGCAUGAAUUCUCUCAUUUAUUUAAAGCUAUUUUCUGCAUAAUAGUCUAGUAUAAUAUAAGAAUAUGCUAUUAAAAGAAUUUAAGAAAUAGUAACUGUGGUAUCCUGGGAAAGGUCACAGAAGUACAGCAGUUAAUUCAUACCAUGAAAGAACAGCUUCAAACUUGUAAUGAUAGUAAAUGUAUCUUUAAAUGCAAA